AAUCAUAAGAGUAAAGUCGUAAAAUGGCUCUGAAGAGUUUUCUUUUAGUUUUAAUGCUUUCAUUUCUGGUGACGGCAAGUGCUUUCUCCACUAAGGACGUGGAAUCGAGAGGAAAGAAGAAAAAAAUUGCGCUAUUUAUCUACUUCGCGGACCUGGUCCUCAAGAAGAUCUUUAUCUUCAAGAUAAUUUAUGCCUUUAUAUUCUGGUUGGUGAUCCACAAGGCGGGUUACUUCCUGAGCUGGUUCGUGAGUUAUCUCAAGGAUCAGAAGCUCCACCACCACGACCACCACGACCACCAUGACCACUACCUCCCCCAUUAUGACAGUCACUACGGCCCGUAUAGGAAACAGAGCCAUGGAAUACUAUAGGCUGUCAGUACUAAACACCUUCACAAUCCUUAGAACCCAACAUUGUUAUGGUAUCACCCUACGAGGAACAUACAGCUUGGGUCACGGAUCGCAGUCUUGAAGUUGUGACUCAAAGUGAAAGUUGUUAUGAAAAAUGGACUUCAUAAUUUAAAUUAUUUAUUAAGAAGCUGUGAUCCGAGCAAAUUAUUAUAACACUUACGUUAAAGUUCUUUUAGUGAUGAGACUGUAUUUUA